UUUAAUUCAUGCUGUUACACAUAUUGAGUUUAAUGCGAUUAACCUUGCGCUUGAUGCCCUGUAUCGCUUUCAACACAUGCCGCGUGAUUUUUACAUUGACUGGCUACAAGUUGCCGCUGAAGAAGCCCAUCAUUUCAGCCUAUUACGCCAACGACUCGAAAAAAUGGGCUACCAUUACGGUGAUAUGCCCGCUCAUAAUGGUUUAUGGGAAAUGACCGUCGCGACCGAUCACGAUGUACUUACAAGAAUGGCCCUAGUGCCUCGUGUACUGGAAGCAAGAGGUUUGGAUGUAACGCCAGGCAUGAUGGAACGCUUAAAAAAAGUAGAUGAUCAAGAAACGGUUGAUAUUCUCACCCUUAUUUUGCGCGAUGAAAUCGGUCAUGUUGCCAUCGGAUCACGCUGGCAUGGCUAG